UAUUCGGAAACUUGUAAAUUAUUAUUAUUAUUAUUAUUUUUUUUUAUUUCUAUUUUUUAAACCAAUUUUUUCUCGUUAAGGUACUUUAUUAUUAUUUUCUUUUUUGUUGAAACAUUGACGGUUCCUCGAAAAAUUUAAACAUAAAACACAAUUAGCCAUGAUUCGAGAUAAAUUUAAAAUGAGAUAGCGAGAAAAUAAUACAUAAUAUAUUGUAUACUUGCUUUUGGUUACAUAAUAAUAUUAGAUAGUUAAAUCACAAUGGCUUUAGUUUAUAUUGACAACGAUCCAUGGUUGGUCGAAUACGAAUCGUGCGAAAAACUCUAUAGAGAAAUAGAAGGUUUAUUGAAUUUAAGAGAUCUUGAACAUAAGUCUUCUGAAAAGUAUGUUUUAUAUUCUUCACAAGUACGACUAAGGCUCAAACAGUUCACCGAUGAAGUUCAACAGUUGUCGCACAGACUCAAAGGACUUGCAAAUUCCAAAACUGUUACUCUAGACGAAGAGGAACGUCGACAACGUAUGCUCGAAUUGCUCCAAAGCAGAAUUAUACUAUUGAAUCAGCGUUUUCAAAACAGGAGUGUCAAUAACAGUUUUUCAGAUCGACAAGAAUUGUUUCGGCCUAGUACGAGUAAAACGACAACAUCGUCUGCGAAGAAAGCCGAUUCGAAAAUUUCCAGCUGGUUGGAUAGCGACGACGACGAUGACGAUGAAAAAGGCGAUAAGCAACCUUUGCUCAAAAACAAUGUGGUGUUCGAUCAACGGAAAUUAAUGAAAGACCAAGACGAUGGGCUCGACGAGUUAGCAUCAAUUGUAUCGAGACAGAAAAAUAUAGCUAUUACGAUAACCAAUGAAGUUGAUUUUCAAAACGAAUUGGUCGAUGACUUAUUGGUGAAAAUGGACAAAACAUCUGCUGGAAUUGAAAGUCAAACAAAAGAAGUUGUGCACAUUUUAAAAAAAGAUUCCACCAAAGGACUGUGGUUGAUAAUAAUACUGUUGUUAAUUGCAAACGUGGUGGUCGCUCUUUCGUGAUAAUCAAAUAACAAUAAUUAAAAGAAAUGUUCGGUCUUUGCUGUAAAUUAAUCAUCAAUUUAUAUAUAUAUUUUUUAAUCUACUAUAAUUAGUACGUCGUUCAGUAAUUUAAUGGUUAAUCUUAUGGUAUUUCCUGUAUAACUGUACCUAACCUCCUACCUUAUGCCAUUUUACAUUAAAUUGUUAUUUUUUUAUUUAAAGAUUUUUAUGCAAAUAGCAAAUACAUUUAUUUUUACAAUUA